AUGGCUUCAACCACUACAGACCCGGUCUCUACAGGUUUGAACUCGGCGACCACUACAAACGGAGAAGGCAAACCCGCUCUACGAUACGCAGACAAAGCACACGACGAUGAUCUCCAGCAAGUCGUCCAACGCGCUCUUGAUGCUGGUGUCACGAAAAUGAUGGUCACGGGCUCCGACUUGGAGGAGAGCAAGAAUGCAAUCAAACUUGCAGACGAGUUUCCUGGAUUAUGCUACGCAACCGUCGGAGUCCACCCUUGCGCGGCGAAGAGCUUCAUAGAGUAUCCCGACGGACCCGACGCCCUGCUGCAGGAGAUCAAGAAGCUAGCACAGGAGUCGAGAGAUUCGGGCAAUACCACUGCUUUUGGAGAAUUUGGGUUGGACUACGAUCGAUUGUUCCAUUGCGACAAGGAAACGCAGAUCUUGUAUUUCAAGAAGCAGCUCGAUAUUGCUGUGGACCUACAGAUGCCUCUGUUCCUGCACUCACGUGCAGCAGCAGAUGACUUCAAAGCGAUCUUACAGGAACGGCUUGAUGAGCUACCGAAGCGCGGUCUCGUGCACUCUUUCACGGGCACUCUCGAGGAAAUGCAAGAUCUCGUGGCCAUGGGCUUCAACAUCGGCAUCAACGGCUGCUCAUUGAAGACCGAGGAGAAUCUGGCUGUUACCAAGGAAGUGCCGCUCGAACGUAUCCAGAUUGAGACCGACGGACCAUGGUGCGAGAUUCGACCCACUCACGCAAGCUCGAAAUACCUCAAAGAUGCGCCGCCUCUACCAAAGGCUGUUAAGAAGGAGAAAUGGAGUCCCGAUGCGAUGGUCAAGGGCAGGAACGAGCCUUGUCAGAUCCCCCGGGUUGCCUACGUUGUGGCUGGUGUCAAAGGCAUCAGUGUGGAAGAAGUUGUAGAAGCAGACGUCUUCGUAAGUGGCAAUCGGGGAUCACCUAGUGGAUGGAAUACACUUAAAAGAAUUGCAAAAAAUUCAACUCUUAGCGAUGAGAACAGCGAAUACAUGUAA